AUGGCCGGGGCCGUUGGAAAGCAGUUCCCCUCCAUCCUGCCGCUGGAGAGGGGAGAAGGGAACCAGUUCAAGCCGAUCGACACCUCCAAACAGCCGCCCAACUGGUUCUACCCCGAGUAUCUGAAGAAUCCUUAUCAGAUUCACCUGAAGGCCUGGCUGGUGGAAGCUAUUUUUGGUCAGGAUGGUAAUCGAAUCCCACACACAGAGUGGGUUUCCCAGACUCUACUCCACGUCAGUCGCUGGGACCCCAAAGGCGAGGCUGAAAUCUUGAUAUUUGGUACACUUGAAUACCAGAAGGAUGUGGACCAGAUGAUCAUGAGCUUGGCUAGCCACCAUCGCAGGCGUUCAAAGAAGACCAAGGGCAGAAAGCAGGGGUCCACCAACAACAACCCCCAAGCCAGGGCCCAGCAGACUCAUGAUGCUACCCAGCAAGAGGCCAACCCGUGCUCCUCUCAAGUCCAAGAAGCAACUGCAGACAACACCGGAGCUGUGGGGAUCCAGGGCACUCAGCCCCAUGCCACCCAGGAUGCCGGGAUCCUGGGUUCCCCAGAGGUGACCCAGCUCUCCCCCAAAGCCGUUGGGGGUAUGAAGAGGCGAUUUUCUGCCCUCACCCCGGAAGCCGACACCCAAUCUUUGCCCAGUACAUUCCAGGAGGCUGAGCCCAUGAAUUAAAUUAACAAAUUCUGAAAGAGUUUCAAAAGGAAGAGACAGGCAAGGGUUAAGAUGCAAGUGUCUACCUGGAGCCUUUACUCUUGGAAACAUAGCUAGGGAGGCUGGUGGGGUGAUGGUGUGGGUUGUUUUGGGUUUGUUUCCUGUAUUAAAGCGCUUGCAAACAUGA